AUCAGGAGGAUAUAUUCCAUAUGGUUAUCCUGGCAUGUACCCGAUGCAAACAAUGGGAUUAAGUCCCCUAAAAAAAUUCCCAGGACUACCCCAACACUGUUCGUCACCCGGACGAUCCAUUCUGUCCAGCCCGUAAACUUGGUUUCAGCAAUGAACCAAGCUGGACCCUCAUGCCCCGCUGGUACACUAGAUGGUUAUGUUGUUUCGGUCACCAAUGAGGAAGAGUGGGAUGAGCCUCGUACCAACAGCGGAAAGGGCAUCACCAAGCCUACCAAAACCCGAGACUCGGCAUUGAAACGUCUAGGUUCUAAAAAAGAAGGUCCUCGGAAAUCUGUAAAACUAAGGCUCGGACCUGAUACGGUUCGUCCUAGCGCAUUUGAAUGUCAUGGCGGGGGGAGAGGCGAGCAACCCGCUCAAUCUAGGUCGCCGAAGGGGACUCAGAGCCGCCACCUAGAAGAAGAGGAAGCUGAGAGCCAGCCUAGGGCCUUCACCUAUACAAGAUUGUCUUAUGAAAGCGCCGAGAGAGAUUUUGAUGAGAUCGGGUGCAUGGCAAGGAAGUUGCAGGCCCUGGAGGACAAGGGCAAGAUCGGAUCUUUUGAAAAGUUGGCUGAAAUCUUUCGAAGGAAAUAUCAGGACAAUUGCGUCAAGAGGAAGAAAUUUACCUACCUUAACAUGGUAGGACAGAGGGAGAAGGAGACCUUGAUCCAAUUCCUCACCCGGUGGAGGGAGGAAAUGGACAAAGUGGAAGAGAUUGACGACAAUACCGCCAUGUCGCUCCUCAUGAACGCAUUCCGCUCUAGGGAAGUCUAUACGGAAUUCUAUAGGAGACCUUCCGCUUCUUACCAGGAAACAUACAACACCGCAUGGGAGUAUGGGGAAGCGGAUAACCUGAAUCAGAGCAAUAAAGAUCUGGAGGAAGGAUAUAAGGCCAAGUCAUCCCAGGCCAAAAGGGAAGAUCAAUCAGGAGGCUCGAAGUCAAAAACUCAUCACGAAGACAUUGUGCAUGAGAUCCGAGAGAAUAAAAAAAGGGGGCAAGCCCAAAAGGCCCUGGGCGGAGAAAUGGAGACAUUCAAGAAGCUGAAGUUGGAUAGGUCACAACUGGAGCCCCUGCAGAUUCCCUUGUCAGGCUUCACCAGAGCAACGAUUGAGGCUGAGGGAACUAUUACAUUGUCUGUAGAAUUGGGGACAGGUAGCAGUGUGGUGAGCAAACGGAUGAAGUUCGUAGUGGUUGACAUCCAUUGUGUACACAAUGCGAUCCUGGGGCGACCCGUGAUCAACCAAGUGCAGGCCACCAAUGAGGGUGCCAGCACCCCAGUGACUGCAACCAUACCGGUCAUUUCAGCCCCGGUGUUGCCUCUGGGUCUGAGCUCUAUCCCGACGGCCAGCGUGAUCAGUCCCUUUGCGACCCCCGUCCCUUCCGCUGGACCGAGUGUCACGUUCCCACCAAGCAUGACUCAGUUCAUGAAUGACCCAGCCAACCUACAAGCCAUCCAGGGCUUCGGUCAGGUCAUGGCCAUGUGCCAGCAGAAUGGGGGGAUGCCUUUCCUCCCUGGUAUGUUCCCGUUCACUCUUCCAGGCACAGGAACCAUGCCCCUACAAGCUUCGAUGGCGGUGACGUCGUUCCAGACGCCAAUGCCGCAGCCAUCACCUUUACAGCCCCAGCUGGUCAGCACCAUGGCCCCUGUCAACUUGACCGGCGCACUUAACGCUGCAGGGAACCCAACAUCGCUGGCAGGAGCUUCCGGCAAAUCCAAGGCCAAAUCCCGGGUGCCUACGACAUCCACCGAAGAACGCCUCUACUAUGGUGACGGGUCAUACCUUUGGUUUGAUUCCGAGGAGGAACGCACCCGUUUCCUCACUUUCUUCUCUAAACGGGUUGUGGCUCCUCCACGGAUCAUCCCGGAGCGCUACCCAGAGCUGCAGCGCUACGACGACCUCGACGCGCAGCUUCAUCAGGCCGGCCUUUGGCCCUUCGUCUCCCGGGCUCGGAAAGAGAUCAACCCGGCGCUGAUUCGGGUCUUUUACUCCAACCUCCGGCGUGAGGGCGACGUGCUCUAUUCUCUUGUCAAGAGCACGCCGAUAGAACUGUCAAUUGAGCAGCUUGGGUGCAUCGACGGCCUCCCCUACCAAGGCGACGAUGUCUCCCUAUAUGGCGGAGAGGACUGGGUGCUCAACAACGAGGGCCUUAUCCUCAACGAGCUUGGCAUCACCGAGCUCAUCCUCCAUGCCUCGGGCUGCCCCACCAUCCACUCCGCUAACCCCGAUGGCCGUCUUCUUCUCUACAUCGUCUCCCGGAUCAUCAAACCCAGGAAGCACGGCGACACCAUCAUGUCCGGUGAAGAUCUCAAGCUCAUCCAUGCGAUCAUGCACUCGGCCCCAAUCAAUUGGGCAAAGUUUGUCAUGAUCAACAUGACGAUUGACGCGUCCACCGACCACGACCACCUUUUCCCGUACCCGUUCGUGGUGAUGGACAUCCUUGAACGGUUCAAGGUGACCACCACCGUUGGCCCACUCACAAAGGCCACGAAGAUUUGGGCGGUCAGCACCCAAACCAUCAAGAAGCGGUCGGACAACACCGGACCUGCCACUGCCGUGCAACGGCGCCGUUCUGCUGGUGGCCCAGCCAAAGCCCAGGCCCGGGCCAAUCUUGCCUCCAUCGCCAACUCCCUCAACCGGCUUCACUUCAAAGUUGACGGGAUGGAUGGCUACCUUGAGCGGCUCGACAAGGGCACGCCCCAAGCAUUCGAAGAUCUGAAGACUUACCUGGCUUUGGAUAUUGUUGUAGUGAAGCCGGAAGCUAGGGAGACGCUCUACUUGUACCUAGGAGUGACCCAGCAAGCCGUCAGCUCUGUGCCGAUGCGAGACGAUGGGAUUCCAAGGCCCAUCUAUUAUAAGGAGGAAGAGCACGAGAAGGUGAUUACUGAGUCUUGGUGGACUAUGUCAGUAGACGGGGCAUCCAGGCUAAAAGGUUAUGGGGGAGGAGUGGUCUUCAAUACUCUAGAAGGGUUCGAGGUUUAUCACGCCCUGAUUUUUAAGUUCAAGCUAACUAACAAUGAAGCAGAAUACGAAGCCCUGGUAAGUGGGCUGAGGUUGGCUAAAACCCUACAUGUUUCACACCUGGUCAUCAAAUCGGAUUCCAGCCAGGUGGUAGGGCACGUUAAUGAGAAUAUAGAUGCAAAGGGAGAGAAGAUCCAAAAGUAUCGAGACCUAGUGAGGGCCUUACUACGAGACAUGGAAGAGUAUAAGUUUGAGCAGAUUCCUAGGGGGCAAAAAACAUACGCAGACCUGUUAUCAAAGUUAACCCAAGAAACCCUGGAACAUGUCUCGAAAUUAGCCAAAAUUGACAUGGUGGAGAGGCCGAGUAUUGAAUUGAAACCAAUAAACCUGGUCAUGGAACUUGACCGGGUGGGUCCUGGCCUGGUCCAGGCGGAUGAUUUCUGGAUGACAGAUUUGGUCAAAUAUUUGGUGACUGGGCAACUUUCUGAGGAAGAUGACCGGUCAUGCAAAGUGAAGUUGAGCGCACCUCGUUUCCAGCUGCUUGAAGGAAAACUAUACAAACGGUCAUUUGGUGUACCAUUGUUGAGAUGUCUGACAAAGUCUGAAGCAGAGAGAGUGGUUGCCGAGGUGCAUGAAGGUGUCUGUGCAGCCCACCAGAUGUCAAGGACCUUGGCGCAAAGAAUCAUCAUGCUAGGUUACUAUUGGCCGACAAUGAACAUGGAUUGUGAGCGAUUUGGGCUGGAUAUCAUGGGAGCAUUCCCCGUGGCUCAAGGAAGUAAGAAGUAUGUUGUCGUUGCCAUCGACUCUUUCACGAAAUGGGUAGAAGCUGAAGCUUAUGCAACUAUCACUACAAAGCAAUGUCAAAAAUUUGUCUGGCAGCACAUCAUAACCCAGUUUGGAGCCCCACGAAGCAUUGUCACUGAUAAUGGACCAUAGUUCCGAAAUCCACGCUUCACUAAAUACUUAGAAGAUUUUGGAAUCACGCACAACAAGGCAUCAGUGGCCUACCCCUAGGGAAAUGGUCAGGUUUUAAUAAUGCCAAACCGCCGUGAUCAAGUCGAACAUUGAAUAUACAAGGCGAAGAACGAAGAUAAGAGCAAGAGCUAAACGAAGACCAAGAACGAAGACCUUAGUCAUAGUAUUGAGUCGGUCUUUAUUGUGAUCAAGACCGACCCAAUCUUUACACCUUGGCUCUUUAGGCUAAAAUCUCUCAUUGCAUUUCUUACAUCAUAAAAAUGUUUUUCAAACUUGUUAAAGUCAUUAAAAACACUUGGUGUUC